AAGGUUGCUCAUUCUAAAACAACGAGAGGAGAAAGGGAGAGAGAGAGAGAGAGAGACAAGGCGGAAAAAAUGGCGGAUAUGUCUUACCUUCAGAUCCACGACGCAAACGAUGCCGUUUUGAACCAUUUUAACCGUAACCACCACCACCAACCCCGGCGACACCACCAAUCACUCUCUCAGAUCCUCGAUUCGCUUCCCCACUGGGUCCAAUCCGACGACGGCGACGACGACGACGAUCUCUACGUCUCUCAAACCGAUUUCCCUCCCGAAUUCGACGAAGGUCUUGAUCUGCUCGAGAGGCGAAGCUUCGUCAUGGAUUUGUUCCACCAGCGCGUGGAGCAAUCUCAGGUAAGCCCGGUCGAUGACGGUUACGAGAGCGCGGGAUCGGAUUCUGGUUUCGGCGUGGUAGAUGGAGGAAACCGCGACAUGCGCGGGGGUGGUUUGGAACUUGAUUUUGGGCUAGGUUUAGAAUCCGGUAGAGGUUUUGUUGAUUGUGAUGAUGAUGAUGAUGAUGAUGAUGAUGAUGAUGAUGAUGAUGAUGAUGAUGACGAUUUGUUUGAUGGGAUUAGGUAUUUAGGAAUGGAUUCUGGUGAUGUUAUAGUUACAUUGGAUCAUGAUGAAGAAGAUGUUGAUCCAGAGAAAGAGAAUUGGGGAAUAGAGUUUAAUGAGGAAGAUGAGUAUGUGAAUGAUGAUGAUGAUGAUGAUGAUGAUGAUAGUGUGACAAUCCCUCUUUGUUGGGAUUCGCUUCACUUGGAAGACGAGUGGGAAGAAGUUGAUGAUGAUGAUGGAGCUGAUGAGAGGGAGGUUUUAGCUGAAGAAGAAGAAGAAGCUGAAGAUAACAACUCUGUUUCAGUCUCCGUCUCUGCUACAAUCUCUCUAGAAGAUUUAGCAAUAGGUGAGAGGAGAGGGUAUCUAGGGUGGGAAGUUUUGUUGAAUUCUCGUAGUCUCGAGUUUAACCUAGACGACGCAGAAAGCAACAUGGAGUUAUACAUUGAUCAACAAGAUGAUGAUGAUGAAGAUUAUCUUCAUACAACCGAGUAUGAGAUGUUGUUUGAGGCUGAGAUCUCAUCUGGUCUUGGUAAGCCUCCCGCUUCCAAAUCAUUCAUCAAGAAUCUCAAAGUCUCUCCUUUGACCAAAGAGGGUGUUACGGAGAAGGAUGAUGAUGGUGAUGCCAUGUGUUGCGCGGUUUGCAGAGAUGAGAUGAAUGUUGGGAGUGAGGUUGCCGAGUUGCCUUGUAGACACAGGUACCAUAGUGACUGUAUUGUUCCAUGGCUUGGGAUUAGGAACACGUGUCCGGUUUGUCGUUUUGAGUUGCCUUCGGAUGCGACUGAACAGAGCAGGUUUUGAAUGUUAGGGUUUACAAUAGAAGAAAAAAGAUGAUGAUGACUUUGUUUGUGAUUAAUAACACGAUAAGUUGAAUUGGUUUGUAUGGUCUAAGAAACUAUCUACAUUGCUUAUUUUUACAAAUUUUUAUAAAAUAUUUGAGAAUCU